GAGUGUUGCGAAGACGAACUCAACAGUUGUGUUUGCUGAACGCGGCCAUUGCUACAGACAGGCUACAGUGAGCACUGUGAGCAGUGAGCGCCGUCAGCGCCGUGUGUGGCGCCGUGAAACGGUCGUGCUCAGUCGGGCAGGUUAGAGGUUAGGUGCCUCGUGAUUUUAUUUCCUCAAUUAACUUUAUUUAGACAUUUUGCAGUGCGUAAACUUGAUUAAACUGUAGUGCAUAGCUGCAUAUAUCACAGUGACCAGUAUCCACACAAUGUGUGGAAUAUUUUGUUCCAUACAUCAACCCGAACAAGACUCUGAAUCCACUAAACAGUGGAAUAUUUGCAAGGAUGCGAUAGCUGCACGAGGCCCUGAUUAUUUAAUGGAGAAACGUUUGACGUUAAGUCGUGACUGGCUUGGACAUUUUGCUGCUGCAGUGUUAUGGAUGCAAGGACCUAGAGUAACGACGCAGCCAAGUUUAGAUGAUAAUGAAAACUUGUUACUUUGGAACGGAGAUCUUUUCUCCGGUCAUUUGGCAAGAGACGAUGUUUGCGAUACAAAUAUUAUAUUGACUGAAUUACAAUCGACCAAGGAUGUCGUGUCUGUGCUUCGGAAGAUCGAAGGCCCUUAUUGUUUAGUGUACUAUCAAAAGUCGAGCAAUACGUUAUACUUUGGACGAGAUAUUAUCGGACGGCACAGUUUACUAUUGAAAGUGGAUAACAAGGCUAAUUCAUUGACUUUAGCUUCGGUUGCGAAUAAAAAAAUAAAAGGGAUUGUAGAAGUGCCGGCUAUAGGUAUCUUUGCGAUGAAUUUAAAUAUGUCGCGGAUAAAUUUAGCAUGUUAUCCGUGGAAAGAACCUGACUUGAGGUUCACGGAUAUUAUCGAAGUACUGGAGACAACGUUAAGUGUGGAUAUUGACAUUAAAGACACUAUCGUGGGCGCUUGUUCGUCGGCGUGGACAACGUUGCAUCUGCAUCCUACUCGAAAAGAUGUGGAAUAUCUAGAGAAUGUACCGUGUAGUAAAGAUUUUAACGAGGUAUUGCAUCAUCUGUUGAAAUAUGAAGAGGUAGAUGAAAGAGUCGAACGUUUGACAGAACUGUUGCAUGAAUCAGUGAAAAUCAGAGUAAAGAAGAAACCAAAUUAUUGCAAGACGUGCAUAAGGAUCAUACUAAGCGGUGGAAGUGUUACUUGCACUCAUUCCAAAAUCGGCAUAUUAUUUUCUGGUGGCCUAGACUCGGCAAUUUUAACAGCAAUCGCCGACAAAUACGUUCCGGAAGACGAAAGCAUCGAUCUCAUUAAUGUCGCGUUUGAAAGACCUGCGAGCAAAAACCAGAACGCGAGUCACGCAAACAAUGAAAAAGGGAAUGCAACGCAAAAAUAUGACGUACCGGAUCGAAAAACGGGACGGCAAACGUAUUCUGAAUUGUUGCGAAUUUGUCCCAAUAGGAAAUGGAAUUUUAUACAAUGUAACGUUGCACAAGCGGAACUACAACUGUAUCGUGCGUCGCGAAUUUGUGAUCUCGUGCAUCCACUACGUACAAUUCUGGAUGAUAGUCUAGGAUGCGCAAUGUGGUUCGCGAGUCGAGCGAAAGGCAUUCUGUACCCAGUUAACGAAGCGUACGAAUCGCCGUGCAGGAUAUUGCUUUUAGGGAUAGGCGCGGAUGAAUUAUUUGGCGGAUACAUGAGACAUAGAACCAUAUUGAGGCACAGAGGAUGGGACGCACUGGUGCAAGAAUUAAGUAUUGAAUUGGCCAGGAUUUCCGAGAGAAAUUUAGGUCGAGACGACCGGAUUGUUUCUGAUCACGGGAAACAAUCCCGUUUACCGUAUCUGGAUGAAAAUCUGGUGAAAUAUGUGCAGCUUAUAAAACCAUGGGAGAGAUGCUAUCCGACUGAGAAAAUGCCAAGUGGAUUGGGAGAUAAGUUACUGUUACGUUUACUAGCCUGCAAGAUUGGUUUUCACGGUACGGCUACGUUUCCUAAAAGAGCUUUCCAGUUUGGCUCACGAAUUGCAAAUGGUAAAGAAAAUGCUACGGAUGUAUCAACGAGGUUGUAAGACGUAAGUAUCAUGUCCGUAUAUCGUUAUAACAUAUGGGUCGUCGCCAAUAUUUAAUCUCUAAGCCGUAAGAACGUGACCGCGUACAGUCGAGUAUUCUCUUUACAUUUCCUUUUUGUAAUUAGUCACGGUCUUACGGCUUAAGCGGAAAACACAGACUUUUGCAUAACGCACAAGUGCUGGUCUACAACCUUGCUUUAAAAAAAUAUUUAUUAGAGCUU